AUUUGAUUGAUCAUCUCGAACCAUUUCCUCUUAAUCAAGAAACCAAGCAUCACUAUCACUUAGUUCAAAUGGCGGAUACAAAUUACAAACCACCCCAGGGACGUCUGGGAAAUCUUACAGAGACACAGAAGAAUGCGCUGGAGAGAUUGAAGAAGGAGUUGAAGGAUGAAGGGGCGUUCGUAGAGGAGAGAAUGGACGAUGCGACGUUAUUGCGGUUCCUGCGAGCACGUAAAUUCGACGUUGCGUUGGCAAAGAAGAUGCUCUUAGACGCAGAGCAGUGGAGGAAAGAUUUUGGCGUUGACGAUAUCGUCAAGAACUUCGACUUCAAGGAAAGGGACGAAGUAGCGAAAUAUUAUCCACAGUACUACCAUAAAACGGAUAAGGCCGGUCGGCCGAUUUACAUCGAGCGAUUCAACAAUAUCAACAUCAGCGCACUUCAGCAAUGCACAACCUUCGAUCGUCUCCUCAAACGCCUCGUACUAGAAUACGAGAAAUCCUUUCGAAUCCGCCUUCCUGGAGCUUCUGAAGCAGCCGGCCACCCCGUCGAGACGUUCUGCACCAUUCUCGACUUAGGCAAUAGCGGUAUCUCCACCUUUUGGCACGUCAAAGAUUAUGUCAUGGCAGCCUCGAAAGUCGGGCAAGAUCGUUAUCCUGAGACAAUGGGCAAGUUCUUUAUCGUUAAUGCUCCCUGGGGGUUUUCAACCAUAUGGUCACUCGUCAAACCGUGGUUGGAUGAAGUGACCGUGGCGAAGAUUGAUAUCUUGAGUGGAAGUAAUAUGGCGAAGUUGCUGGAGUCUAUCGAUGCAGAUUGUUUGCAAAAGGACUUCGGAGGGACUUGUCAGUGCCCAGGUGGUUGUGAAAAGAGUGACGCUGGUCCUUGGAAGAAGUAAUACGGUGGAAGUUUCGAAGCAGUUUCUGUGUACUACAUCGUAUGCACAUAUGCCAAACUUUGCAGCCGCCAAAACGAAGGCGUUCAACACAACGAAGUCACUCCACAAGUUCCAGCGAAUGCACCAAAUGACUUGACACCGCCCUAUA